GCUCCACCCUCCAUCAACCUCCCUUCACUGUCCCCAACCCGCCCGUCGCCGCAAGAAAUUCCACCGCACACGAGAGACCAGCCCAGCAGACGAAGGCAGCUAGCUAUCUAGGACAAGCACAGCCAGCUAGCCGCAAAGAUGCCGUGCCUCCAGGCGUCGUCCAGCCCCGGCAGCAUGCCGCACCAGCACCACGGCCGGGUCCUGGCGGGCGUCGGGUGCGCGGCGGAGGUGGCCGCGGCAGCUGUCGCCGCGACUAGCCCGGCCGCCGGGAUGCGGUGCGGGGCGCACGACGGCGAGGUGCCCGCGGAGGCGGCGCGGCACCACGAGCACGCGGCGCCGGGUCCCGGGCGGUGCUGCUCCGCGGUGGUGCAACACGUGGCGGCGCCCGCGUCGGCGGUGUGGUCCGUGGUGCGGCGGUUCGACCAGCCGCAGGCGUACAAGCGGUUCGUGCGCAGCUGCGCGCUGCUGGCGGGGGACGGCGGCGUGGGCACGCUCCGCGAGGUGCGCGUGGUGUCUGGCCUCCCCGCGGCGUCCAGCCGCGAGCGCCUGGAGGUCCUGGACGACGAGAGCCACGUGCUGAGCUUCCGCGUCGUCGGCGGCGAGCACCGGCUCCAGAACUACCUCUCCGUCACAACGGUCCACCCGUCCCCGGCCGCGCCCGACGCCGCCACCGUCGUCGUGGAGUCGUACGUGGUGGACGUGCCGCCGGGCAACACCCCGGAGGACACCCGCGUGUUCGUCGACACCAUCGUCAAGUGCAACCUCCAGUCGCUGGCCACCACCGCCGAGAAGCUCGCAGCCGUGUAGGCGUGAGGAGGGGACACUCCAUCUCCAUGGGCGAUCGAUUGAUUUGAUCCAUGGUUUUUCCGGGGAGGAGGGAUGCGUGUUUCUACGGCGCGCGUGAGCCUUUUUUUUUUUCUCGUUCUUCUUUCUUUGGCUUUUUCACAUUAGUGCCCCUCUUGGUUUUGGUUAUUAUUAUUCUUUUUCUCGUUGUUGCGAGAGACACACAGCCCUCCCUCCUUAGCUAGUCCCUUGUCCAAAAGAUUCAAGAGAUCAGAUGACAAAUAUAAAUCGGUAGAGAUCUAAGUUCCGGCGCGGUGCACACGCUCGAAUCCUCUGUAUAUAUGUUCAUGAUGGUAAUAGAUAUGGUUCUGGAAAGCACGAAAGUUUCAGAUUGUAUAUGUCCUUUGGCAAUUUUGAUCUAAAUGGAACAAAUAUGUUACUGUA